AUGGCCAAGACAUUGGCAACUAGUGGGGAUGGUACACCCAUUUUUGAAGCUCUACAGCCAGGUGCCAAUGCAGUUUUCCCAGCAUCAUCACGCUCCCCCAUACAACAGCUACAGCAAUAUCAGACAGUUCAGGAAGGAACACAGGACCAAAAGAGGCUGCCUACCUUGCCAUCAACAGCCAAGCUGCCCGUCGAAGUUGGAUCGGAAGGCGGUCUUCGCAGCUCUACAGAAAAUGGGGCAAUAGUUGUUGGUAUGCUCGUUCAGUGUGGCGAGUGUGGGAAAAAAUUUAUCAACUCCUACUAUUUAGACAAGCACAUUAACAAACGACACAGGGGCGAUCUUCGCCAGUCAAGUGUGGCUCGGCUCGAAAGCCCACAUGUUUCAACACUUGGCACCAACGCCUUUCACCAGGCUUUUGAUUCGGUCAGAUCCGCCAUCUCAGCACCUUUGACAAUGCUUGAGAAGCAGCAGCAACAACAGAUUACCCAACAGCAGCAACUACUGCAGCAGCAGCAGACUCUGCAGCAGCAGCAACACCUCUUGCAGCAACAACUCAGUCUUCUUAGCGCCGCAGCAUUAAGGGUCUCUGAUGCUCCAAAAACGGCGAGUGGUUUCUCUCAGCCUGCGCCAGUGGCCGUUUCUGUAGGAGGGGUGCGUCCUGAAGAGGCAACGGGUACCUUUGGUUCCGCCUCAGGCAGGAACAACUCUACAUUGCCCGCCCAAGACAAUAGGGAAAGCACAAUGGUUGACGUGAAAAACGACGUCCAAAGAGAAAUCCAGAAAGCAGUCAAGACGCUCAGAGAUACACUUAAGGACGAACUCUUCGAGCUGCAGCAGCAGCUUAACAACAUUGAGGCAAGACGCUGA